GCCGCUAGCGAAGCCCCCUCCCGUGGGUGGCCUGUCCAGACGCCUGAAAUGCCACUGGCGAGCCUGGCGCGUAAACGAGGCGCGGUAUUUCUGAGUGUAAAGAGGGUUGCAGCAGGGUUUGUUUCUAUCUAUCUAUCUAUCUGUCUAUCUAUCUAUCAUCUAUCUAUCUAUCUAUCUAUCUAUCUAUCUAUCUAUCUAUCUAUCUAUCUAUCUAUCUAAUUAGGCUAGGUAGGAGGCUCUCCAUAGCAGCCCCGGAGGGGUGGGGGAGAGUUGCUGGAUGUUUUGCUUGAAUUAAAAUGGGAAGGGCAGCGAGGAGAAACCGGGAAGGGUUCUUCGCCUGGUGCGAGAACGAUGGGUUCCCCCUCGGGUCCUCUUUCUCGGGGGAGAAGCAACUGAGUUGUCAAAGAAAGACAGCGAGGCCUGUCUUCAGUGACUUUCCACAGCAGCGAGAUCUUUUCUUAAAGGAAAAGUAGCUCCUUGUUUAUUAUUGCAAUCGGCCCUUCCCUGUUGCAAAUGACAGCCGGGAGCGGUUUCUACGGAUGUUGCUGAACACCUCCCAGCAGCUGCAAGCCGGUAGGGAAGGAUUCUGGGAUAUGUAGUUCAACAAGGUCUGGGAAACCUCUUGGUUCCUUGGGUCGCUCUUCGAUUUUAAAAAAAAAAUGCGGAAUACAAUACUGUGCGCUUUCUAAGAAAAAAGAAAAGUGCCCAUUCUUCACUUAUGGAAAGUAUGGCGGUUCCCAGUUCAGAAGAACAGAAGAAAAAAAACAUUUUCAUCUUGGGUGCUUCUGGAGAAACUGGGAAAGAAUUGCUACUUGAAAUCUUAAAGCAGCAAAAAUUCUCUCGAGUGACCCUCAUUGGCCGCCGAAAGCUCAAUUUUGAAGGGUCUCUUUACAAUAAUGUGGUCCAAGAAGUUGUUGACUUUGAGAAGCUAGAUGAAUCUGCUGCUGCCUUCCAAGGACAUGACAUAGGAUUUUGCUGCUUGGGGACAAGCAGAGCCAAAGCUGGAGCGGAUGGAUUUGUGCGUGUUGACCGUGAUUAUGUUGAACAUGCAGCAAAGCUAGCCAAAGCUGGUGGCUGCCAUCACUUUAUCCUAGAGUCAAGCAAAGGUGCAGAUAGCUCCAGCACAUUCCUCUACCUAAAGACCAAGGGUGAAGUAGAAAACAGGAUUAAGGCACUUGGAUUUGACCGAUUCUCCAUAUUUAGGCCAGCGGUGCUGCUAUGUGAUCGCCAGGAAUCUCGGCCUGGUGAAUGGGUGACCAGGAAAGCCCUAGGAGUGGUAGCCCAUUUCUUUCCCACAUAUAUGUCUAUUCCUACCACGACUGUGGCCCGAGCAAUGGUCAAUCUUGCAGUGAUGCCAGCAAAAGACGGGGAGAAAGUUGAAGUGCUGGAAAAUGCAGCCAUUCAUGCUCUCGGUCAGUCAAAGUGAUCAACGGAGAAGAAGGGAUUAUUAUUUUUUUGAUAGCUUUAUAAUGAAGGGGUUUCACCGAUUCCCCAAAGCCCAGCUUUAAUCAUAUAUUUUUUAUACUUCGGAGGGUCUUUGAAUAUAUCAAUAUCUCUGAAUUACAUUUGAUAUGAUUGUUGCCUCAGAAGCAUGUGAUCCAGAAAUGACUUUUUAAAAAGCCUUAAUGUCAUUGGUGCUGUUUCAGAAGCUUUAAACGUGUAUCCUGCCUCUUAAUAAAAUUAAUUGCCAAUGGAA